AGUAGAAGUGUCUAAUUUAUUUUUGUUUGAUUUUAUUUUAAUGUAAUGAUACGUUUGGCUAAUGCCUGUUUAUAAAUUAGAAAAGAAAAUAGUUGCUAUGGUAAUUUUAGUAAGGCUUGCGGUUAUGCUCAACGAGCCAAUGUGCAAGCAGUGAUCCGCCCACUUCGGGAAUCAACCGAGCCGAUGGACCAAUGGAAUGACCGAGAUUGAAUAUGACCGAGUUAAAGGACCAAUCAGAGACGGAGGAGUAACACACUACUCUACGCUGACCACUGACAUCGUUUACUACUUCUGGAAUACCGACGGAGCAACAACUUGCCAAAAACAUUUAUCGAAAUGUUUCUUCGCGCUUUAGAAAUCAUAUUUUUCUUUUACUUUCUGUCCCACAUUCCAAUUACUCUCUCGGUCGACCUUCAGGCUUUGCUUCCCGAACAUCUUUAUCCAUCCAAGCUGAAAAAUCUGUUGAACUGGUAUGCUGCUGAGUUCAAGGAUCCGAUGAUGAUGGACCCUCCUGUGUGGUUCAGAUCUUUUGUGUUCUGCGAGGCUCUCGUUCAGCUGCCCUUUUUCCCAAUCGCGGCGUACGCCUUCAUGAAGGGUGGAUGCAAGUGGAUCAGGACUCCAGCAAUCAUUUAUUCUGUUCAUGUGGCCACCACGUUAAUCCCCAUUUUAAGUCACGUCCUUUUUCAUAACUUUCCUCGGGCGCCACAUCCUGGCCCUCAAACUUUUCAAGAACGCCUGACCCUGGUGUCUAUUUAUGCUCCGUAUUUCAUCAUCCCUGUCAUGAUACUCUUCACCAUGCUCUUCAGCUCAACAUACAGCUCAACCUCUCCAAAAGGAAAUGCUUCCUUAAAGACCAAGAAACAAAGAUAGAUACAGUUCAUGCCUUCUUUAUAUUCAUUAUAGUUGUUUCUUUUAAUUAAAUGUGACCUAAAAUGGGAUCAUUGUUUACUGAUGACAACACAUGUAAAUGCAAAAUAUAUUUUUAUUCAAACGUUCUUCAAAUCUGUAUGAAGUUUGUCAGAUAUUAAGAUUACAUACAAUGAUCGAAACCGUAAACGUAAACAGACAAUAAAUGAAUUAUGUUUCCCAUAA